AUGUCGACAGAAGGGGUCACUGGAAAGCCCAAAUUGAGUAGGAAGCAGCUCCAAGAUCAUGGUAUUGAGUACAUUGAUGGGGUCUUCAAUAUUGACGAACUCGACCCGUGGCUUCGAGAAAUAUGUCUUACCAUCACUCGAUUACAGGAACAUGUUCCGAAAGCCACAAGGAAGGCGUUCAAGAAAGAAAUGGAUCAAUUCAGUCUCCAUGGUCAGGAUAGCGAGGAUGCACUACAAGAAGGUUGGUGCCUGACGCCAGCCAAAAAUCUCGACCAUCUCCACCCAGAAAGCUACACCACCCCUGCAGCUGUAGGAGAUCAUCUGAAGCCUGAGAGUUACUGGAACCCCAGUAUCGCACAACUCACACAACCAAAACCUGACCUCACAUAUGGCUUUCCUGUUAUCGUGCCCGACAAAGAUUCGUUUAGAGCUUCCGAGGGCAGAGAAGAAAGUGACAGUUUUUCCCUAACCAUCCUCGAGCAGCUGCGAAACCGUGGUAAGGAAAGCCUUAUCUCGACGCCAACAACAGCUUUGUACAAUUGGGCAUCGAAGAAGAACGCUAAGCUGCUCGAGGCCAAGGAUCAGAUGUGCUUCCCGUGGGCUGUCGUAGAGAUCAAACGUGGCACAGCGUUUCAUGAGCAACAAGCCGGGAAGGCUGAAGCGAGGGCCCACGAGAAUAGAAAAAGAUUCUGCUAUUGUCAAGCGGCAAAUGCUUCAGCCGCAGGACUUACUCUACGAGAAGAUUUGGCUGCAAGAGCGAAUGACACUUCGGAACUAGGUGACGCCCGGGUCAUGUUCUCCUUCACUUGCGUUGGAUCAGCGGUUAAGCUCUGGCUCACCUAUCGCGAGAAGCCGAAUGUGCAAGAUUGGGCACAUACUCGCGUCAAGCCCGAGAUUCGGCGAUGGAUUCACGACGUGUAUAAGAAUCGGAACCGCAAAUGUUCCCUCACACCCGAUGGGGAUGUAGUUACGCAAAGGAGAAGAGCGGCAUCUUGUGGGCCGUCGAAUGGAAUUGUCGAGGUGGAGGAAUCCGUGGAGAGAAGUUGCUAUCGCACCCCACGACAGAAAAAGAGACCCGCUCUGCCACAUGGAGAAACUGCACCAGAGCCUCGCGAUAGGCGCCGUGACAAAGCCAACAUCCCCCAGUUUCGAUUGAACGGAUUGUCGGAGCUCGAUGGAGACGAUAGUUCGGAUGAGGGAUAUGCCAGCAUCCACACUACGACUGAGGACGAAAGCGAAGAAGAAGAAGAGACCAAACGUUCGUCUGUAUUCAUUUGCAACGACGAACUGUACGAGGGCGAUUCCGAUGCAUCGUACGUGCCACCAAGUUCGGAAGAUGAGAACACGGGAAGCGAGAGCGACGGAAGUAGUGAUGGAAGUGCCAACAGCGACGGAGACUCGAGCGACGAAGCAGAGUAUAAUCUUUCAGACGGAGAAAGUCACCGUAAAUGGUUGAAACAACAGUCGCGUGCGAUCUCAAGGCCAGAGGUUUACUGCACUCCGACAAAAGGAUAUAAGCUGAGCGUACCGGUAGAUAACAAAGCGAGACGAGAUAGGCGUCGUAGUUCGCGCUUUUAGAUGGCUUUAAUGGCGACAGAUUGUAGAUUCUCUUUCCUUGUAACAAUAUCAGUAUCUCAUAUUUUUUCGAAAAAUCUAUCAGUCU